AUGGAGAACGGUGCUGAACAAAGUGGAGAGGUUUGUCAGCCUGGCAUGGCCGUCGACGAGGACGCUGAAAAAGCAGAACUGGAAGCGUUUGUAGCCAGCCUGCAGGGACGCUACCAGCUAAAGGUACAAGAGCGCCAACGAAAUCAAGCACCGGAACGACCAGCGGAAGAGGAUUUCUUCCGCUAUGAUUCGAGUUUGAAGAAGAACACGGCGUUUGUGAAGCGAUUGAAACAGUUCACUGCCCAACAACUGCCAUCCCUAAUGCAGGAUGUUUCUGGAUUAAAUUUGACGAAAUACAUUUCGGAGGUAAGUGCAGCACUGGUGGAAGCGAAGCUAAAAAUGAGUGACAUUGGAGCAGUGUUAACGCUUUGCAAUCAUUUGCAUCGGCAUUAUGCCGAUUUUGCGCCGACGCUAUUCGAGAAUUGGCAGAAACUGCUGCUGAUUAAACCAGGCGAGAAAGUGGCCAACCCGAGUAAGAUGCGCGUCGAUCUGCGAUUCUAUGCGGAGUUGAUCAGUAUGGGCAUCUUUUCGAACAAGACGGGUCUGCCGCUGCUCGGUGCGUGCCUGACCGGGUUGAUCACACAGGAUAAGGAAGAGCACGUGAAUUUGUCAAUUGUGCUAUCUUUCUGUAAGCACUGCGGUGAUGAGUAUGCCGGUUUGGUACCAACACGGAUGACUGAGCUGGCUAAAAAGUAUGGAGUUACAAUGCCGGUGUCACCGCUGCUGCCACCGGAUCGGCAAAGUAAUUUGCGGAAUUUGUUGCGCGAUUAUUACCAGUCGCUAGCCGAACACCUGCGAUCGGAACACCGGCAGGUACAGCUGGCAGAGAAAUCGCGGCGCAAGAUGUUGCAAUCAAAAGGCGAGGUAACCGCAGAGAAACGUGAGCAAUUGGCUCAGCUGCAGGCAUCGUAUGAAAAGCUGCACGCAUCGACCAGCACGUUGGCAGAUCUGCUUGGGGAAGCUAUGCCACAGCUGGAGGAACUGCAAGAAACGGGACCAUCGAUUGAAGGGUCCGUACUUGAUGGUCGGGCCGGCGAGGAGAUGCAGUUUGGUAACUUGGAUCCUUGGCGAGAUGAGGAAACGAAAUCAUUCUAUGUUGAUUUGCCCGAUCUGCGUCAAUUUCUACCAAACUACUGCGAUAAAAAGCAAUCAGGCGGCGAAGGAGAGAAUCCACAGCAGCAGCAACAACUGCAAGACCAACAGCAGCAGGAUGACGAAGAGGACAGCGAGGAUACGGGUGAUUUGGUACCGAACAUAUUGGCCGGUCCGCCCGUCACGGAGGAAACGCUUGACUCGGAUAUGCCAGAGUUGGAUGGAGAUCUCAGUUAUUCGGAGUCUACAUCAUCACUGCAUGACGAGGAAGAUGCGGGAGUUACCGUGGAUCCUGAAGUGGCUGAAGAGGAAACAUUGAAAAAUGGAGCGAAUUCCGGCAGUAUGGCUGCCAGUGGUGGAAACGGCACACCGAGCAAUUACGGCAACCGGCGCUAUUUCGAGCAAUUCGUGCAAAACCUGCAAAACUGUGUCAACCGUGAGCUAAUCGACAAUGCAGCGAUCGACUUCCUGCUGAAUCUGAAUACGAAAAGCAAACGAAAGCGAUUGGUGAAGGUGCUAUUCGGAGUGCAGCGUACCCGGCUGGAUCUAUUACCGAUGUACGCGCGUUUUGUCACUAUCAUCGACCUAGUAUCGCCCGAUGUUGCCCAUGAGCUGUGCCAGAUGUUGAAGAUUGAUUUCAAGUAUCAUUUGAAGAAAAAGGAUCAAAUCAACAUCGAGACGAAGAUCAAGGUAGUCCGUUACAUUGGAGAGUUGGUAAAGUUCGGUAUUUACAAGAAACUGGAGGCGUUAUACUGCUUACGAUGUUUGCUGCACAGUUUCCAGCACCACCACGUUGAGAUGACAUGUGCGUUCCUGGAGGUGUGUGGUGUUUAUCUCUACAACUGUCCGGAUAGCCGUAUGCGUACAAACGCAUUUCUUGAGCAAAUGAUGCGACUGAAGAUGAACACCACGAUGCAGGAACGGUAUGUGCAACAGGUGGAGAAUGUCUACUAUCUGGUGAAGCGACCGGAAGGUUUGAAGGUAGCUCGAAAGGAACGUCCACUCAUCCAUGUAUACAUCCGUCAACUGAUCUUUAAAGAGCUGGAUAAAGCGAACGUGGAUAAAAUGAUACAGCUGUUGCGUCGCCUAAAUUGGGACGAUGUGGGAACGUUCAACUACGCCGUACGGUGCCUGUCUCGUGCGUAUAAUAUUCGUUACCAUCUGAUUCGCAGUCUGGCCGACUUACUGGCCGGUUUGAAUUCUUAUCAGGAACGGGCCGUAAUCCAUGUGAUCGAUACAGUGCUGGAGGAUAUACGGGCAGGAUUGGAAAUACAUGACAACAAGCUAGCGCAACGCCGUGUAGCGAUGGUAAAGUACUUGGGUGAACUGUACAACUAUCAGCUGGUCGACUCGGAUAACAUUCUCAACACGCUGUACUCGAUCAUUUCGUUCGGAAUUAUCCUUUCGCAUGAUGGGCCACCUUCGGUUGUCGAUCCGCCGGAGUCCUUGUUUCGGUUGAAGCUGGUAUGUGUGCUGUUGGAUACAUGCGGGCAGUACUUCACCACGGGUGAGAAUCGUCGCAGGCUUGACUAUUUUCUCGUAUUUUUCCAACAGUACUACUGGUACAAGAAAUCCCAUCCGUAUUUUACGGGGAGUAGUGCUGGUGGUGCCGGAGCUGCAAACAAUGAAGAAAAAUCGGCCCCGGGCGCUGUGCCGACCGUGAAAGAUUUGUUCCCGAUACUUAUGGAUCACAUGUACCGUGAGUGCUUGAAGAGUUUGAGACCAAAAUUGAAACUUUAUGCCAGUUUCGAGCAGGCGAAAGAAGCAGUAAAUUCGUUGCGCCAGAAGAUUUUCCCGGGUGAGGGAUUGGAGCGAACGAACCAAGAUCAGGACUCUAAUGGACAGCAUAGCCUGCGAACGAUAAGUGAUGCACCGGAGUCAUCCGAUCAUGAAGACUCGUUACAAUCGGACGAUUGUACGUCCGAUGCGGGCGAUGACAUUUCCGAGGGAUACGGUUCGAAGCGUCCGAACGGUAAGCGGCACACGGUAGACGAUGAGGAUGACGAUACGCCUUCACCUCCUAUGGAAGGCGCGGACCAGGAGCUUGAGGGAUACGAUGAGGACGACGAGGAAGAUGAUAACGAAGAGGAUCCCGAAUAUUAUGAUGACGAUCGGGAAGGCGAACUGGAGGUGGUUUCGGAACCACCCCCACAGAAGCAACCAGAAGAUCUCGAAUUUGAGCGGGAGUUCGAGCGGAUGGCAUCGGAGUAUUGUCAGCAACGAGCAAAGGACUCUGCCAAAGUCAAUCCCAAGCAUGUACCGAUCCCAAUCACAUUUCGCAAUGAGACGAAGAAAACCUACGAUCAGCUACAGGAACCUACGAACGUUAAAUCAGACACCGUACCGUUCGCGCUGAUGAUACGUGGAAAGGGCAAGCAGCAACUAUAUAAAACGUUCGAAGCACCGGAAGAUAGUUCGCUGGCACAGUACAUACGCGAACAGGAGCGGAAGUUACAGGAGGAGAAGGAUAGUGUCAAACGGCUGACGUUAAAUAUUUCUGAACGCCUUGAGGAAGAGGACUACCAGGAGUCGCUGAAUCAACCGUCACGUACCUCGGAUCCGUUGCGAAUGCGACCACUAAAACCGGCCAAGUUUAAACAUCCGAAGGGUGUACCGGACCUCGAUGCCAUCUUUCAUUGA